AUGUGGGGGUGUCUUUGGCAAAAUGGGGGGUUGGAAACGGAGAUCAAGACAAGAAAGAAAGCUCGGUCCAAGUCCGCCGGUUGGAACGGAGCUUUGCGGCCGACAACAAUCAAAACUUCUAUUGAUUGUUCUCAACCCGCCACGCUCUACCAAACCAAACACGAACACAAUGAAACAUGGCGCUCUGAUCACUCUUUAAAAGAGGCCCCCGCCGCUCGUGUUCAUCCUGAGACAUUCGUUCUAUUCCUCAUCCUCACCAUCACCACCACGCCACACUCAACUCCCCGCAUUCCAGAGCCUCUCUCCUUUCCCUCCAAAAUGACCGACCCAACGACCUCCGGCUCCCAGGCUACCCCCGGUGACCCAAACAUCUCCUGGCCCAUCGAGCGCCUCGCACACACCGCCGAAUCAGAAUGGCACCCAUCCUUCCUCCAGCACCAGCGCCGACUCAGUAACGCCUCAAACGGAAGCUCUGGCUUGGCCUCCUCCUCCUCCGCGCCAGACCUCGACCGAUCAAACUACCCCGACGGUACCAAGUCACUGUCGGGCAUCUCCCUCCGGGCCUUCCUCCUAGGGACUACUCUCGGCGCUACACUCGUCCUCACACUGCUCCUGACCACGGUCUUCCAAACCCCGUUCUGGCGCGUACCCUUUUUCGUCGGGGCGCUGAGCCUGUUCCACUUCCUCGAGUACUACGUCACGGCACGAUAUAACACACGGUAUGCGUCCGUGGGCGCAUUCCUCCUCACCUCGAACGGAUGGGCGUAUAACGUGGCGCACGGGUCUGCCAUCGUGGAGUGUAUCGUCUCGCACUUCUUCUGGCCGGAGUCGAGUCGGUUGGGCCGGCUGCUGUCAUUCCCGGAGCCGUUCUCUGGGACAUUGGUGUCGGUGUUGCUUGUGCUAGGAUUCGUCUUGACGAUUAUCGGGCAGGUUGUAAGGACGAUGGCCAUGGCGCAGGCCGCGAGUAAUUUCAACCAUCACGUUCAGUCCGAGCAUCAGGAGGGCCAUGUCUUGGUUAAGACUGGGCUGUAUGGAUAUCUGCGCCACCCGAGCUACUUUGGUUUCUUUUGGUGGGGAUUGGGCACGCAGUUGGUACUGGGGAAUGUGGUGUGUUUCGUGGGGUAUGCCCUCGUGCUGUGGAAGUUCUUUUCCACUCGCAUUAAGCGCGAGGAAUCUUUUUUGAUUCAAUUCUUUGGCACCGAAUAUCUUGAGUACCGUCAAACAACCCCCGUCGGCAUCCCAUUGAUUCGUUAA